GUGGCGGCAGGCGCUGCUGACGGUGCUGCCCGGGGAUUAUCGGCGGGCCCGUCCGGCCCCGCUUUUGCUGCGCCCGCUGCCGGCCCGAGCGCGGGGGCCCGCCCGGGGACAAAGGGCGGAGCGAGCCGGGGCUGGGGUCGGGACCAGGGCGGGCUCCGGCCACCGCCGCCCACACAGGGCACCUUCCCCAGCCAUGUCCCCCAACUACAUCCGGAGCUUCUCGGAGGGAUGUCUCAGGCCGCCAACAGUAAUUGGACAAUUCCACACUCUUUUUUUUGGCUCAAUCCGAAUGUUCUUCCUCGGUGUUUUGGGCUUUGCUGUUUAUGGAAAUGAGGCCUUGCAUUUCAGCUGUGACCCAGACAAGAGAGAGGUUAAUCUUUUCUGUUACAACCAGUUCAGACCUAUAACUCCUCAGGUAUUCUGGGCAUUACAGUUGGUGAUUGUACUGGUACCUGGAGCCUUUUUUCACCUUUACGCUGCUUGUAAGAGCAUCAAACAGGAAGAUAUUCUCCAAAAGUCAUCCUACACUGGUUUUUAUAUCUUCUCUGUUUUCUUAAGGAUUGUCCUUGAAGUUGUGGCUUUUUGGCUUCAGAUUCAGCUCUUUGGUUUCAAAGUGAAUGCAAUCUACAUGUGUGAUGUGGGAGCACUUGAAAAAAACUUUAACAUUACCCGGUGCAUGGUGCCAGAGCACUUUGAAAAGACAAUCUUUCUUAUUGCAAUGUACACAUUUACUGUGAUUACAGUGAUCUUGUGUGUUGCCGAAAUUUUUGAGAUCUCAUGUAGAAGGCUAGGUUUCUUAAAAACUCAGUGAUGUCAACCACUUGCACCCAUUUACUGCUCUGUCCACCUGCAGUUUUGUAACAGGGACU